AUGGAUUUGAGCCAGAGCAUGAGCCGGAGCCAGAGCCAAAAUCACAUGCUGCACGGGCCUGCGCCUCGAGACCGCCAGCUGCCGCCAUCUUCCUCGUCCGUCGCCCUCCACUCCCACACGCACCACCACGUCCACCCACUCCCUCCCGCCGCCGCCGCCGCCGCUGCUGCUGCUGGUACCGCUGUCCCUUCGACUAGUCGUACAGGUACAACUGCUACCGUUGUGGCUACUGCUACUGCUGCUGCUUCGGCCUGUGCAUCUGCGCCUGCUUCCACCAACAUCUCCUCCAUACCCGGCAAGCACGUCCUCUCCCACGCUCGCUUUGAUCCAACACACAUUUCGUCCCAGCUGCCAUCAUAUGCUCCUGCCCCGAGCUACACGCAUACUCAGUCCCACGAUCCCAACUUACUGAGUUUUCCCGACGCCCCGACUACCGAGCUUGCACCCAUCCUUCCUGCCGCCAAACACACUGAUAACGGGGGUCACAACCUUCCAUCUCUCUCUUCUGUGACGGGUCCUCCGCCCCCGCGAUUCCCUCCCAUCACCUCUUCGCAAACCAUCGAACAGCAACAACAACAACACCGAAGACAACAGCAACAACGGCCGCCACUCCCUCCUCCAACGUCGCCUCAACAGCAGCAACGACAGCAGCAACAAAGUCUACCAAAACAAACACAGCCCCAUCCACCCUCACUGGUUCGAUCCAAGACGACAACGGUACCCGUCACUCACUGGCCGAGCCUCAACCCACUCACGACAUAUUACACCCCUAGUCAUGCCCAGUCCGCCGACUCUCCUGCGAGAAUGGACCUCGACGUAAGCAGCAAUGCCGCCAUGAGCGCAGCUUCGCCAGACCGUUUUUACGAAGGAAGGGCCGCCAGCGUCAGCCUGGAUGACCCAGACGUCCGCAUGGCCGCAGAAGCCCUGGGGGACUUGCGAGCCGAUUUCAUCAACUCCCCACCGGCCCGCCAUACCCCACUCCCAAGGGCGUCUCCGUCCGUGUCCAUCACCUCAAAUCCGCAAACCAAUUCCGAGGAGCCUCUGUUUUCGCUACUCACCACCUCCCAUCCCCUGCUGGCGACAACGAUUGAAGGGGCCACAUCGGCUUACAAUAAUUCCAAGAACUUUUCCCCGCGUUUCAAGUCGAGCGCCGAGUAUGUCGAAGGUUACUUGACACCCAUCGCCAACACCGUCGGUACUGUGGGACGCAAGACCGGCGUCGAAGGUGGUGUUCGCUGGUUUUUGGGUGCUGGGCGACGACAUCAGUCCACUGACUUGGAGGCUGCCGAUGGAGGCUCCCACAAGCGCCGCAAGGUUGACACCGGAGAAGACCUUGCCAGACUCAUGAUUGAUGCGCAAAGCAAUGUCAUGCCCGAUGUUGACUCUCCCCGCGACCCCUACGUGUUUAAACACGACCGCCGGCUGUCGAGGGCAAGCACAAUCGACACCUUGCCCGCGUACGACGACUACCGUUCCCCGGCCUAUACCGAAAAUGAAAAGUCCGAGAGGCCUACUUCUUCCAACGCCGCUUGGCAAUCUCGCCUAAUCAUGUCGACCUCUGGGCUCAGCGUCGCUAUGAGUGAGGAGAGCCUGAGGAGUUUGAAGUACUGCCUGAGGUGGUUGCGCUGGGCCAACGAGCACAUUGGCGGAGUCAUUAACAACCUCAAGUCCACCCUUGAGCAGUAUGAAAAGACUGGCGACUCUCAGCAAGCCCAACAACCUGAGGUCAGCAGCGACGGCGACCACGUCAUGAUUGAUGGCCAACCCGACUCCAUAUCGGAACAGGACCGGACCAUGUUGGCAGCCAGGAUUGCGUCCCUUAAAGGUGAUGUCCUCAAGACAUUGCGGGACGUCAUCGAGACCGUCUCCAAGUACGCCGGCGGCGCCCUCCCUGACAAUGCCCGUACUCUGGUCCGCCGUCACUUGACCACCCUCCCCCAACGCUUCCGCUACGCAAGCAUGGUCGAGCAACAGCAAGGUGAGAAGACCGGCGAGCAAGCCCGCGAGGAAGCCAUGCGUGAGGGCGCUCAUCGCGUCCUCGUCCUUGCCAAGGAGGGGCUCGACAUGAUGGCGCAGGUCAGUGGCGUUCUCGACGGCACUAUUGUCAGCGCCGAGGAGUGGUGUGAGAGGCUUGGCAAGAAGAAGCGGGACCAACGCGACGCCGUCCUUCCGCAAUCACAGCCUCACGAAGUCGACGUCAAGAUUGCGCCGGCUUAA